UAUGUCUGAUUGCGAAAAACUUACGGAUCUUCCAAGCAGCAUAUGCCACCUAAUAUCCGUUGAUUAAUUGAGCAUUAGUAACUGCUCAUCAAUAAAAACACUGCCAGAUAACCUUGGAGAUAUGAAAAGUCUAAGAUGUCUUUAUGCAUCUUAUACGGGUAUAAAACAAUUGCCUAGAUCUGUUGAAAUGCUAAGAAAUCUUGUAGCUUUGAAUGUGGGAGGUCAAAAGUUAGAGGCCAAAAGGGGUAUUUGUGGAAGAGGAGUCCAUCGGAUACAAUAUUCCUUGCCAACUAUUGUAUCCGAUUUGAGCCUUACAUACUGUAAUUUAUCCGAGGCUGAUAUUCCUAGGGAUAUUGGGAGCUUAUCCUCCUUAGCAUAUUUAGAUUUGAGUGGCAGCAGUUUCUAUUGUCUACCCUUUGGUUUUUCUAAGUUACGAUUAUUGGAGAAGUUGAGUUUGAAUGACUGUGAGAAUCUUCAAACACUCCCGUCAGUAUCAAAUUUAGAGUAUCUUGGAAGAAUUGAACAUAAAAAUUGCCAAAAUUUGGUCAAGAUUACAGAUUUAGACAACCUCCCUUCUAUAAGGUGGAUCAACAUGAUGAAUUGUAGUUCUCUGCAGAAUCCAUUCAAUGAAAACUUCUUUAGUGCACAUGCUCUAUCAUUUCCAUCUAGAAAACAUAUCUAUACGUGAGAUUCCAGAAUGGUGCAGGAAUCAAGUAACAGCUUCAUCUAUGCGUUUGACUAUACAACAACAACAACAAAAAUCCAGUAUAAUCUCACCAGUGGGGUCUGGGGAGGGUAGUGUGUACGCAGACC